AUGAGGAGGGAAAACCAGAGCAGCAUAUCCGAGUUCCUCCUCCUGGGGCUCCCCAACUGGCUAGAGCAUCAGGGCAUGCUCUUUGCCCUGUUCCUGGGCAUGUACCUGAGCAUGGUGCUGGGGAAUCUGCUCAUCAUCCUGCUUAUCAGGCUGGACCCUCACCUCCACAUCCCCAUGUACUUCUUCCCCAGUCACUUUACCUUCACAGACAUCUCCUUUUCAACUGUCACUGUCCCUACGAUGCUGAUAAACAUGCAGACCCAGAACCUGUCAAUCUCCUAUCCAGGGUGCCUUUCACAGGUGUAUUUUUAUAUGAUUUUUGGUUGUGUUGCUAAUCUUCUCCUCACGGUGAUGGCCUAUGACAGGUAUAUGGCAAUCUGUCACCCUCUGUACUACACCACUGUCACGAGAGAAGGACUGUAUGCUCUGCUUGAAGCUGGAUUCUGGAUUCUCUCCUGUGCUGGUGACCUUAUUCACACCCUCCUGCUGGCCCAAGGAUCCUUCUGGAUACUUUCUCCUGGAAACCAGAGCAGCGUGUCCAAGUUCCUCCUCCUGGGGAUCCCAAUCCAGCCGGAGCAGCAAGGCAUUUUUUUUGCUCUGUUCCUGGGAAUGUAUCUGACCACAGCUGGGAACCUACUCAUCAUCCUGCUCAUCAGGCUGGACCCUCACCUUCACACCCCCAUGUACUUCUUCCUCACCCACUUGGCCCUAACGGAUGUAUCCUUUUCAUCGGUCACUGUCCCUAAGAUGCUGGUGAACAUGCAAACUCAGAAUCGAUCCAUUCCCUAUGCAGGGUGUGUAACACAGAUGUAUUUUUUCAUAUUUUUUACGGAUCUGGACAGCUUCCUUAUUGCAUCAAUGGCAUAUGACCGCUAUGUUGCCAUAUGUCACCCCCUUCACUACACAUCAAUCAUGAGAGAGGAGCUGUGUGCCUUCCUAGUGGCUGUAUCCUGGUUCCUGUCUGGGGCCAGCUCCCUUUCCCACACCCUUCUCCUGACCCAGUUAUCCUUUUGUGCUGACAUCAUCCCUCAUUUCUUCUGUGACCUUGGAGCCCUGCUCAGAUUGUCCUGUUCAGACAUCUUCCUAAAUGAGCUGGUCAUGUUCACUGCAGGAGUGGUAGUCAUUACUCUGCCAUUCAUAUGUAUCCUUGUGUCUUAUGGGUAUAUUGGGGCCACCAUCCUGAGGAUCCCUUCAACCAAGGGUAUCUAUAAAGCCUUUUCCACAUGUGGCUCCCAUCUCUCUGUAGUGUCUCUGUAUUAUGGGUCAAUAUUUGGGCAGUACCUCUUCCCAACGUUAGGCAAUUUCAUUGACAAGGACAUCAUUGUGGCUCUCAUGUACACAGUGGUCACACCCAUGUUGAACCCCUUUAUCUACAGCCUUAGGAACAGGGACAUAAAAGAGGCCUUUGAGAAACUCUUCAGUAGAGCAACAUUUUUCUUACCAUGA